CGCCCGCUAAUUUGCAACGCCGCUCCCUUGAGUGCGAGUACGAGACCUGCGUUGGCAUCGCAUCGCAUCCUUAAUGCCGUCUCUCUAUUGAUAAAGUAGUGGUGCUUCUUGUCUCAGUCUCCAAAGUCAGACAUUUCAUAUCCAUAUCCAUCUAUCUGUACGCGCACACCUGCAUCACUCAACGGCCGGCCCCCCGCAGAAAGAUAGGCACCCUGUCCCGACCUGUCCUGCCCUGCCCUGCUCCGUCGCCAUGUCGUCCCGCCCGCCGCGCAUCCUCAUCUACCUGCUGCGGCGCGACCUGCGAUUGGCCGACAACCCGGUGCUGCACGCGCUGACGACGCAGCAGGCCGGCGCUGCGCCCUUCACCCACGUGCUGCCCGUCUACGUCGUCUCGGCGGAGCAGGUCGAGGUGGCCGGCUUCCUGCGCCCCGGCGCAAAGAGCCCGUACCCGGAGGCGCGCAGCCUCGUCGCGGGCUUCUGGCGCUGCGGCCAUCAUCGCGCAAAGUUCUUGGCCGAGAGCUUGUGGGACUUGAAGACUGCGCUGGCGAAGGCGGGCAGUGGCCUCGAGAUUAGGAUUGGCAUGCUGGCGGACGUCGUAGGCGAUAUGCUGGCGUGGUAUAAUGGCGCGGAAGACGAGGACAAAGAGAGGGGAUGCGUCGCGGGCGUGUGGAUGACGGCCGACGAGGGCGUCGAGGAAACGAGAGAGGAGCGCGAGGUGCGGCGCGUGGCCGAGAAGAACAACGUCGCCUUCAAGCUCUGGGCGGACGAGAAAUUCUUCGUCGACGAGUGAGUGGCGGCCGAGCACUGUUGAACUGAGCUGACAUGCAUUGCGCCGCAGCCGCGACCUCCCCUUCACAAACAUCCAAGACCUCCCCGACGUAUACACGACCUUCCGCAAGUCCGUCGAGCCGCUGCGCUCCCGCCCGCGCGCCGUCCUACCCACACCUUCCUCGCUCCC